AACUUUAGUACAUGUCACAGAAUUUGUUAUCUGCGAGGUAUUUUAGUGAUAAAAGUGAACUAUAAACAGAAAAAAUGGAUAAUAAACCGUCACUGAGUCAAUAUUUCGGUGAUAAGGAAGUACCACCCGCGUCCCAGUUUUUCGACGAAAUCGGGACGUCGCCAUCGGAUAUGGUACAAAGCAUUUACUUGGGCGAGCCCGAAGGUAAUCAAACGACGACAAAUAAUCUUUUUCCUCAAAAUAUGUCGGUUUCAUUUACACAACAUAAGACGUCAGAGGAGAUGACUUUUACAAAUGUUUUGCCUACUGUGAGUGGGUCUACUGCGGUGCCGGCGGCGAGUUUACCAGAUCCGUCAACAUUCUUCGACACUAUAGGCCCUGAGCCACAGAUUGUACCAACAAAAACCAGUAUUGCUAGCCCAACAGUACUUGCUGAAGCCAUGGAAGGACUGAGCAUCAAAAACCAGCCUGUAGAUAAGGAAGCAGACAGGAGAAGAGAUGCCUGGAUACCAAAUGAUGAAGCCAAGAAAACAUUGAUGAAGGCCCAAUCUUCACCCAAAGGCUCAUUCUUCCCUGAGAGAGAAGUUCUAACAAUGCCAGGAUUGAUACUCGAAGAAGAAUUAGCUGAUGCACUUCAAGAAGUAGCAGUGAAGUAUCUAGGAGUAAGUUCAGCCGGUAGCCGAGGAGUGGUGAGGGCUGAACAUGUGAGUCGUGACGAAGCCGGGCUGAGGGAACUACUACGCACUGGAUACUUAAGGGCAGCUAUCAACCUCACUCAUGUACUCAUCAGUGCUGCUGGACAAGGUGUAGGUCGCAUGCAUCGUCCCACAAAACAUACGCCGCGCUCCCUACAACUCUGGCUGACCAGGUUCGCAGUCAUGUUGAGGAUCAAGCUGACUGACCCGUUAUUGAAGGAGGCCGAGCCUUUUGGGGAUUUCAGCAAGCCUGAUAUGUUUUAUGAGUUCUACCCAGAUACGUACGACAAUCGCACCGGUAGUCUCGUGCCAUUCUCUCUGCGAUUAUUAGUCGCAGAGCUGCCGGCCCAUGUCGGGAAACCAGAUGAAGCUGUCGACAGACUGUAUGCUAUGUUGGAUGUUAUACAAACGAUGCUAUCAAACCUCCGUGAAGGUAAGACAGAAGAUGGAUCAGCGACGAUAACGGAGCAGGAUAAAACCGAGUCCAUUCGUCUAUGGAUGGGCAGGGAGACGAGAGUCAUGCACUCUCUAGUCAACUGCGCUAUUGCUAUGAAGGACUACCGCCAAGCAGCCAGGAUACUGUCGACGCUGCAGCAGGCGACGACGGCGGCGGGCGCGCGGCGCGGGCUGUGCAGCGCGCAGUGCCGGCUGUGGCUGCUGGCCGGCCACGUGCGCGCCGCCGCCGCCUGCCUCGACGCCGCGCGGGACGCCAGGCAUCACAUUUGCCCGACUCCUGACGUCCGUGAGUACGUGGAUAUGGGUCUGUUAGACAUAGCCCAUGGGAAGUAUCAAGACGCAUACAAUAACUUCGCCAGAGCCGCGGAUCAGGAACCCACCAACAUUAUGGUCGCAAACAAUCUAUCGGUCUGCCUACUCUACAUGGGGCGGCUAAAAGAAGCGAUAGCUGUUUUACAAAAGGCUAUAAACUCAGACCCUGAAAGAGGAUUAAACGAGAGCCUUUUAAUAAAUCUCUGUACGCUAUAUGAACUAGAAUCCUCAAAAACUAAUGAAAAGAAACUAAAUCUGCUAAGAAUGCUUUGUAAAUAUAAAAGUGAUACUAUACCUAAUGUUUUAGAAUGUUUGAAACUGUAAAUAAAUUAUUAUUGUUGAUAAAAAAGACUUAUUUUGUUUAAUGAAAUAUAAUAUUUGAAAGUCUUCUAACUUUGAUAUGUCAGCGUCAAAAGCCGUCAAAAUAUAUGUGUCAAAGCUGGUACAUAAUGGCAUAGUACGAAUUUAUUUUACGUUACAAGUACGGCGUUCGGCACUCUGAUUGGCCGGCACCAAUGAAGUAACCAAUCACAGCGCCGAACACGUACUCGUUACGAUUACUUUAAACGUAAAACAAACUCGUACUAAGGCCUCUGAUUGAGCCGUUUGAUUUAUUUGUGAUGAUAAACGCCUGAAUACCGAAAAGGUACUAAGUGUAGUUAUGUCACUACAAAUGCUUUAUAAAAUGACAGAGAGGGCAAAAUAUUUAAGUACGACUUAAUUGAGUGGCCUUUCAAUAUUCGUUAUUCGGGUGUAUAUUUCUCAUUGAGGCCAUUAAAUUAUUUAUUUAGCAUGUCCAUUAACAAAUUAAGCUUAUAUUUAUAUUGGCAGCAUGUGUUUACGACAAUGUGAAAAUUGUUAUCUAUAGCAUUAAAAGAGCUGCACAAGAGAUUUCAGUUCGAUUCCAAUUAGAUGUAUAAUAGAAAAUGUCAUGUUUACGAUAAAUAAUUUUAUUAUCUAUUUUGUAUGGAAAUAUGUAUAAAA